AAGCUCCAGUACUUUGGCCACCUGAUGCAAAAAGCUGAUACGUUGGAAAAGACCCUGAUACCUGGAAAGAUUGAGGGCAGGAGGAGAAGGGGGCAGCAGAGGAUGAGAUGGUUGAAUAGUAUCACUGACUAUUUGAGCAAAUAGGGACAUGAAUUUGAGCAGACUCCUGGAGACAGUGAAGGGCAGAGGAGCCUGGUGUGCUGCAGUCCAUGGGGUCUCAAAAAAUGGAGCACAACUUGGUGACUGAACAACAACAAUGGGAACUGAAUCUGGAAAAGAGCGGAUGUUUGUGUGUGCAUAACUGAAUCACCUUGCCGCACACCUGACACCAAUACGAUAUUGUAGAUCAGCUGUGCUCCAAUGAAAACGAUUUGUUAACGCGCUCUUUGGGUGGAAUAACUGAAGACAGGGAGGAAGCAAAGCAAGUUAAAAGCAGAACAUGAAACCAUUGUCCUGCCAUCUGGAGAACUCUGGCCUCCUCCUCCCUGCAUCCUGCUCUGCUGCCAUCGCUAAUAAACAGCAACACUGCACAAGUGACUUUACUGGCCCUGAGUCUGGGUGCCCUCACAUUUAAUGCCCUGAAACCAAGUUUACAAUGCAGGUGUCCUGACAGCCAAAGAUGAGGCCAAGAGAUCACCUCCUGGCUUUUGCUUCUGUCCUGAUGGGAGAGACACAUAUGCCACCAAGUUCACAGCAUUAGCAAGGGGCGGGCAGGGGCUUGGAUGUUGCAAAGUGUGAAAAAACAAACAGCCAUGACUUAAUACUUUACAUCUGAAAAAUGGUGCCCGGAUUUGGUCACAGGUUUAGCUUCAAAUUUCCCAACCAGCGGGCUUUCCUGAAUUUUCUCCCACACUUCCUCCUACAGCUGCUGUAUUUUAGUGAUCUCAUCACUGCACCUAUCACCUUUGAACAAGAAUCAAGAGGCUGACACAAAGGAACAGCACGAGGACAGAUAUAAGGGUUAUCAUAUUAAUAGAAGUUAGGGGAUAUUCCUAAACUGAGCACACAGGAUUUUUUUCUCACUUUUUUCUGUUCAGUGCAUAUAUAAAAGCAUUUAUAAAAUGCAUGCACCAGUGUAGAGAAGAAAAAUGCAUACUCAUUUAGUCUCUUAAGUCAUGUCCGAUUCUUUUUCAACCCCACAGAUGGUAGCCCGCCAGCUUCCUCCUUCCGUGGGAUUUCCCAGGCAAGAAUACUGGAGUGGGUUGCCAUUUCCUCCUCCAGGGGAUCUUCCCAACCCAGGGAUCAAACCAACGUCUCCUUAGGCAGGCGGAUUCUUUACCACUGAGAAUAUAACAGUAGAGUCCAUGUAAGGAAUUACUCCUAAAUGAGCCAAUGUUGAAAUUCAGGAUGAAAAGCUGCAUGAAGAUUAAAGACUUCGGUGCCUUGACUAUUCAUUUUUCAACACCUAAGAACACGCCCCCUCAACUAAGCCACGCCCUAUCUCCGCCCCUUGCGCCUGACUGCUCGCCCACCUGGGGAGGUUCGGCGCCUGGGCACUGGUCUCCCGGGCGUCAGCUGCCGAAGUCCUUCGGCCUUACCCUCCCAGGACAGUGCUGUUUUCCAAGAGAGAAGCCAGGAAAACGUGAAAAUGACAGUUGAACUAGUGAAAGCCAUACCCCAGGACCUGCUGACAUUCAAGGAUGUGGCAGUGGACUUCUCCCAGGAGGAAUGGGAAUGGCUGAGCCCUGCUCAGAGAGGUUUAUACAGGAGUAUGAUGUUGGAGAACUAUCAGAGCCUGGUGUCACUGGGACUUUGUAUCUCUAAGCCAUAUGUCAUCUCCUUAUUGGGGCAAGGGAAGGAGCCCUGGAUGAUGAUGGAGAAUGAGAUGAGAAGCCCAUUCCCAGAUUGGGAAUCUAUACAUGAGACACAAGAAUUACCUCUGAAGCAGUUUGUGUGUGAUGAUACGUUAAUGGAGAGAAUUGCAAGUUAUGAACUUGAGUGUCCUACUUUUGGAGAAAAUUGGAAAUGUGAAGAUCUUUUUGAGAGGCAGUUGUUAAGCCAAGAGACAUUUAUCAGGCAAGAAAGAAGCACUCCUAAAGAAGCCCUCACUGUGGAAACAGACCACAGAUAUAACAAACCUGAGAAAUUUGUUCCUCUACACAGUAUAGAAGAGAAUAUUUAUAAUAAUGACAAGUCAGAUAAAAAAAACUUUUUCAAAAAUUCCAUGGUAUUAAAACACAAGAAAGUCUAUGCAGGAAAGAAACUUUUUAAAUGUAAUGAAUGUGAGAAAACCUUCACCCAGAGCUCAUCUCUUACUGUUCAUCAGAGAAUCCAUACUGGAGAGAAACCAUAUGAGUGUAAGGACUGUGGGAAGGCCUUCAACCAGAGUCAACACCUUGUCCAGCACCACAGAAUACACACCGGAGAGAAACUCUUUGAAUGUAAGGAAUAUAGGAAGGCCUUCAGCCAAAAUGUACAUCUUAUUCAACAUCAAAGAAUUCAUACUGGAGAAAAACCAUAUAAAUGUAAGGAGUGUAGAAAAGCCUUCAGCCAGCCUGCACACCUUGCUCAGCAUCAGAGAAUUCAUACCGGGGAGAAGCCUUAUAAAGGUAAGGAAUGUGGCAAGGCCUUCAGUGACGGCUCGUCCUUUGCCCGACAUCAGAGGUGUCACACCGGCAAGAGACCCUAUGAAUGUAUUGAAUGUGGGAAAGCUUUCAGGCAGAACACAUCGCUUAUCCGUCACUGGAGAUAUUAUCACACUGGGGAGAAACCCUUUGACUGCAUCGACUGUGGGAAGGCCUUCAGCGAUCACAUAGGACUUAUUCAGCACAGGAGAAUUCAUACUGGAGAGAAACCCUACAAAUGUAAUGUGUGUGGGAAAACCUUCAGCUACGGCUCAUCCCUGACUGUCCAUCAGAGAAUUCACACAGGAGAGAAACCAUAUGAAUGUGACAUCUGUGGGAAAGCCUUUAGCCAUCAUGCCUCACUCACCCAGCACCAAAGAGUGCAUUCUGGAGAGAAGCCUUACCAAUGCAGGGAAUGUGGAAAAGCCUUCAGGCAGAGCAUACACCUUGCUAGCCAUCUGAGGAUCCAUACUGGAGAAAAACCCUAUGAAUGUAAGGAAUGUGGGAAAGCUUUUAGCAUCGGUUCACAGCUGGCUACUCAUCAGAGAAUUCAUACUGGAGAGAAACCUUAUGAAUGUAAGAAAUGUGGGAAAGCCUUCAACCAGAGGGCACACCUCGCGCAGCACCAUAAAAUUCAUACUGGAGAGAAACCUUAUGAUUGUUCUGAAUGUGGUAAAGCCUUCAGCCAGGUUACCCGCCUUAUCCAACAUCAGAGAGUUCACACGGGAGAGAAACCCUACAAGUGUACUGAAUGUGGGAAGGCUUUUAGUGACAGCUCAUCCCGUGCUCAGCAUCUGAGACUUCACACAGGCCAAAAGCCCUAUGCAUGUGUUGAAUGUGAGAAGGCGUUCAGAACAAAAUCAUCACUUACUUGUCAUCAAAGGUGUCAUACAGGGGAGAAACCGUACGAAUGUAGUGCGUGUGGUAAAGCCUUUAGCCAUCGACAGUCACUUACUGUUCAUCAGGAAUUCAUUCUGGAGAAAAACCAUAUCAGUGUAAGGAAUGUAGGAAAGCCUUCUGCCAGAUUGGACACCUUAAUCUACAUAGAAGAAUCCACACUGGAGAGAGAUCUUACAAAUGUAAAGAAUGCGGAGAAGUCUUCAGACAAAGUGCGCACCUUGCUCAUCAUCAUAAAAUUCAUGCUACAGAGUCAUCUCAGGCCCUCAGCUCUUCCCCAUCCCCUGCGUCACCAAGUCCUGGGGGUAUGUCUGCUGAGUAUUUUUGGAAUUCAUCCACAUCUUUCCAUCCUCAUUGCCCUAAUCCAAAACAUAGUCAUCUCACCUGGACUACUCCAAUUGUCUAAGCACUAGUCUCUCUGCAUCCUCUUCUGUCCCCUCCAAGUUCAUUCUUCACACUACUUCCACAGUGGUCUGUUCAAAUGUAAAUGUAAUUAUAUGACUCUCUUAAAACCUUUGGUGUGAAAAUUUAAACUUCUUGAUGCAUACCAAGUGCUUAGCAUAGUGCCUGACCCAGACUAAAUGCUCUAUAGUGAUAGCUUAGUAUCCUUCAGAGUCUGCUUGAAAGCUGUUUUUAAGCAGUGAACUCUGGAAGACAGUAUAUGUACUUGGAGAUCAUAACAGUUUUUGAAACUGAAACAAUGAUGAGGAUUAGCAUGUGUUAAAGUUUAAACAUUAACACAUUUAAAGCUUGAUACCACCACAUAUAUGACUGUAUUCCUUUGUUGGUGAGAAAAUUCAACAUGAUGUAAUACAUAGAGUAUGUUUUAGGAAGUAUCUAGAACUCUGGGUAAGACUGGAGCAAAAGAAUUAGAAAAUAACUGGGAAUAAUGCAAGACUAUAUUUAGUAAAGGCAAAAAGUAAAAAUUCCUAAUAUUUAAAAUGGAAGAAGCAGAGAACUUGAAUAGUCUAACCCUUUUUUAAGACACCUGGUUUCACGGAUUAAUGCUGAACCUUCAAGGAAUCAUAAUUAAGCUGUUCUAGAGUCAGAAAAAAAUAAUUGAAAUGGAUUAUUUUGGAGUACUCCUGACCUCUGUUAAGGAGAACAGAGGUUAUGCAUAAAUGGAGAUGCAUGUUUCUAGACGGAACUUUUAGCACUGUAAACAGGUCUGUACAUUGAGUCAACUCCAGUCACAGUUCUUUUAGGAUAAUUUUCCGCUGACAGUUUUGUUCUGAAAAUCAGUGUAGUAUGGCAAAUAGGGAAGCAUCACAAAGAAAUUUCUGAAAAAUGACUAUCACCAUGAGUUUAGUUAAUUGCAAAAGCAGUUAUUUUUCAUGUGUCAGUGGGAGAGAUUACUUAAAUGGUGCUUGACAAUUAUCCAGCUGGAAAUAAAGUCAGACCCACAUUUCACCCCUUACAGAGAAGUUCAUUCCAUAUAGAUUAAAGAUAUAAUAGGAAACACAAUAUUAAAUUUCUUAGAAGAGAAUGGAGAAUAUUUCUAUCCCCUUGAGUUCAGAUAGGCUUUAAUAAGCAGGACACAGAGUCCAGAAGUUAUGAAGAGGGACAGUGUUAGGUGGGACCAUGUGAAAAAUUUUAACUUUCCCGUGGUGUAAGACACUGUGUGCAAAGUGAAAAGACAUGACAGAUAUUUUAUACAUAUGUUACAAAGGAUAUAGUCCUUAUAAAAAGUGCUGUUGCUUUAUGUGGCAGCCUGGAUGGGAGGGGAGUUCAGGGGAGAAUGGAUACAUGCAUAUGGAUGGCUGAGUCCCUCUGCUGUCCGCCUAAAACUAUCAUAAGAUUGUUAAUCGGCUAAACCCCAACACAAAACAAAA